GCGGGCUGGCGGCGGCGGCGGCGGUGGGAGCGGCCGCCCCGAUGUCGGGUCCGCGGGGCGCCCUGCAAGCCUGGUGCCGCCGGCAGUGCGAGGGCUACCGCGGCGUGGAGAUCCGCGACCUCAGCACCUCGUUCCGCGACGGACUGGCCUUCUGCGCCAUCCUGCACCGCCACCGGCCCGACCUCCUAGACUUUGAUUCUCUCUCCAAGGAUGACGUCUAUGAGAAUAAUCGCUUGGCCUUUGAGUUGGCAGAGCGGGAGCUGGGCAUCCCAGCCCUGCUAGAUCCCAAUGAUAUGGUCUCCAUGAAAGUCCCUGACUGCCUCAGCAUCAUGACUUACGUGUCUCAGUACUACAACCAUUUCAACAACCCCAGCCAAGCCAGCGUCCCUCCGCCUAUGAAGCGACCAACUGCUGCCUCCCCUCCUCCUCUGCUGUCCCACAAGACGCCUGUGGCUGCAGUUGAGAGUCCUUCAGCACCACAGGAUGAUGCCCCCUCGGAGCAGUGCCAGCGCAGCACGCUCAGCAGCACCUGUGCAGCCUGCCAGCAGCACGUCCACCUGGUGCAGCGCUACCUGGCCGAGGGCAAGCUCUACCACCGCCAGUGCUUCAGGUGUAAGGAAUGCUCCAGCACGCUGCUCCCAGGGUCAUACAAGCCUGGGUCAGAGGCAGGGACGUUUGUCUGCACGCAGCAUCGUGGUAAAUUGGCCGUGAGCGGGAAGGCAGAGAGGAGACCCAGCCUAGACCAACCAGAGCUAAGAACUGAGACUGGGGCUGACAGCAUGGGAGAAAAUGCCUUCCAGGCAGGAGCAGAGGUGGGGAAGGAUGAUGGUGACUCCCAGGAGAGUGUGGCAGAGACCUCUACGCCUGCAGAGGGCCUUGCUGGCCCAGCAGAGAAGGACAGCACAGCCAGCAAAGCAGAGACACCCACACCCCCUGCUCAUGCUGGCAGUGGGGCACCUGUCUCCCAAACUCCCCCCAGGCCUCCAAUCCCCAGCAAGCCUGCAGGGCUCACUCAGGACAAAGCCAGCUCGCUGGAUGGACAGCUCAGAGACUCGCGUCCCACCCCAGCCCCAAGGAAAGCCACCGAUGCGUCUGCCCUCUCCCCUCCAACCUCCCACCCUGUCCCCCGGCCCAGGUCCACUCUGCAGGGCGAAGGCAGCGAGUGUGGGCCUGGCAUGGUGAACGGUCGGGUACCUGAAACCAGCCCCCCUAUCCCAAAACCUCGAGGGAGACCCUGCUCCUCUGAUCGUGGUGGAGCGGCUGCAAGAGCCAAGGACCCACCAUGGAUGGCCUUAGUGCAAGCAGAGCCCAAGAAGAAGCCAGCUCCCCCUCCUCCCCCAGGCAACAGCCAUGAGACUCCAAGUAGGACUUCAGAGGAGGAGGAUGGAGAGGAGGUGGGGAAAGUCAGGAGUGAGGACAGCAGGUCUGAUACCAGAGAGCCCAAACCGUACAAUCCCUUUGAGGAAGAGGAUGAGGAGGAAGUGGAAAGUGCUGACACCCAAAAGAGCACACCUGAGCAGGAGCAGAGCGAGACUGCUGCCAAACCUCUCCACCCCUGGUAUGGCAUCACUCCUACCAGCAGUCCAAAGGCAAAGAAGCGGCCAGCUCCACGAGCCCCCAAUGCUUCCCCGCUAGCCCACCACCCCAUCUCCAGGCUGUCACACUCUGAGCCAUCAUCCUCCACCCCAUCUCCAGCCCUCAGCCUCGAGAGCAUCAACUCUGAGAGUUCAGCCAAGGUGCUGGGAGACACCGAUGAGGCCUCAGUGCCCAAAAGCUCCUCCGAGCCCACUGUGCACAUGCCAACAGCUGCCAAGACUUCCAGCGCUGAUGCACCGCUGGCCAGCGUCUCCUGCAGUGAAAGCCCUGCUGUCCCAGCCAGCCUCUCCACCAACUCCUCCUUCUCCUCCUCCAGCGAGCUGGCCAGCCUCAGUGGGGAGACACAGCCCAGCACCCUGCACACCAGCAGGAGUGGCAGCCUAAAGACCAGCCCCACCCGGCUGCCCCCCAAGCCUCCAACUGGGGCUAGCCCUACACCCAUCCUCUUGGCUUCAGAUGGGGGUGCUGGGAGCCCCAAGACAUCUUCCUCACCCAAACCACAGCUGAAGUCUUCCUGCAAAGAGAACCCUUUCAAUCGGAAGCCAUCACCUGCUGCCUCCCCCUCGGCAAAGAAACCUCCCAAGGGCUCCAAGCCUGUGCGUCCUCCUGCGCCAGGCCAUGGCUUCCCACUGAUCAAACGCAAGGUGCAGACAGAUCAGUACAUCCCUGAGGAAGACAUCUAUGGGGAGAUGGAUGCCAUUGAGCAUCAGCUGGAUGAGCUGGAGCACCGUGGAGUGGCCUUGGAGGAAAAACUGCGCAGUGCUGAGAAUGACAACCCUGAGGACAGCCUGCUUGUGGACUGGUUCAAACUCAUCCAUGAGAAGCACAUGCUGGUGCGCCACGAGUCGGAGCUCAUCUACAUCUUCAAGCAGCAGAACCUGGAGCAGCGGCAGUCAGACGUGGAGUAUGAACUGCGGUGCCUCCUCAACAAGCCAGAGAAGGACUGGACCGAUGAGGAUCGAGGGAGGGAGAAGGUGCUGAUGCAGGAGCUGGUGACCAUCAUUGAGCAGAGGAACGCCAUUGUGAACUGCCUGGACGAGGACCGGCAGAGAGAAGAGGAGGAGGAUAAAAUGUUGGAAGCCAUGAUUAAAAGGAAAGAAUUUCACAAGGAGACGGAGACAGAGAGCAAGAAAAAAGGCAAAUUCAAGCCCAUGAAGGUGCUUAAGCUGCUGGGCAACAAGCACGACUCCAAGAGCAAGUCACCCAAGGAGAAAAGCUAGAGCAGUGGGAGGGAACCCUGACUCGCCUCUCCCUGGCCCUGGCUCGCCUCUCCCCCUGCUCCCUCCCCAGGCACCCAAGCUGCCACCCCAGGGAGAUGCCAGCCCUCAGCCCAGAGCGGGUGAGAAUGACCAAAGCCCUCCCCUUCCCGAGGCUGUGGGGGAGCAUGACCAUACCCUCCGUGAAGCCUUGUUAACAAAGCGAGGAGAAGACGGAUUUGCUUUUCAGAUACGUUACCCAAUUGUGUGCUCUUAUCAUUAACUGAGAACAACAAAGGAGUUUCGUGUUUGUGGAAAACUUGCACUAACUGCACCCCGUCCCUUCUCCCACCCUAACUGUGAUAGUUCCAUGUGCCUCUGACUUCUGCCAGGAGGGGACUGGGCCUCCCUGUCUCUCCCUGCCUGCCCACUCUUGUCCCUUUUCUGUCCCAUUUUUAACUUCAGGAGAAGACUGACAUUAGAAUCAGGAUCCUUUGGGUUUUACUGGCCUAAACUAAAAGGUUAAGAAAAUACUCCUGCAUCACAAGGCUCUAGAGCCAUAGCCAACAAAACAACUGGUGCCCUAUUUAUUUUGAGCCGUCCCCUCCCUCGAGCGCCAGGGUUGGGUGGGCUCCAUCCCAAGGCUGAGAGGACCCAAGGGGAUGGCAUACAGCUGCUAGGAUGUAGCUCACGUGCCCUACUCAGGAACCCCACUGCUGCUAAACACUGCUGACUCUGCUGCCUUCCUGGGGAGGGAGGACCUGUUCCUUUUCCAGGCAAGGGCAGAAAAGCUCAAGAUUGAGUGAGUGCUGGUGAGGGGCACUAAGCUUGUGUCCCUGCUCACCAGUGCCACCCUUGAGCAGCAGGGGAGAGAGGCGCGGUCAUAACUGACCUUUACCCAGCGUCAUCUGUGUAUACUUUAAAAGUGUGCAGAUGUGGCUGAUUAUUUUUUACACCUCCUUUACUAGAUGAAUUCAAACCUAUCCUAAAACUUUAAACCCCGUAUUUUAUUUGUCAUGUGUGUGCGUGUGUGUACAUCAGAGGAGGGAAUGUGUUCUCCCAACCAUCCCUUCUUCCUUCCAUUUUUGUUUCCUGCCUUCACUUCCAAGAUGAUGAGUUAUUUAUUGAAUUAUUGGAUCAGUCUGAAUUAGAGUUUCAUGGGUGUUUGGUUGGUCAGCUGUUCAUCAUGCCUUCUCAUUAGCAAAUUAGACAUAACCAGCCCUGAGCCAUCUGCUGCAGUCUCUUCUAAAAACCCAACAGGCUUUAGCCAAAAUACUUUCGGAGCAGUGCCUUGCAAGGUGGCUGGUGUAGUAUUCUGGAGAGGGAUCCUCAUUUCCUAAAACCAGAGGGACCUGAGCCCCUCCUCAAUCCCAGCAUGGCCCCCAUGGCUGGGAGCUGGCUAGCUCAGCCCUCUGCUGGUAAUGCCAUCUCACCCUUGCCAUACCCAGCAGGCUGAUGGGGAACAGUGGUAGGGGAGGGGAGAUCCCAAAGCACAACUCUUCUGCAAAGAGAAACAAAUCUGCUUUAGAGCCUGCUGUCACAUCACUGUUGCCAAAGGCCAUUGGGAUUGCUGCAGCCUGACACCCCUUGGCCCUGUGCCCGGUCAGAAAUUUGAUUUGUAAAUUAUACUGUACUAACCCCAUGACUUCUAUUCACCUGAACAGAAAUAAAAGAAACAUUGGAUUUAAAAAAAAUGAUCGUGGGUUAGGUUUCUGAUUCCUUUGUGCACUUGUGCUGUCCCAGGGCCAGGGCAUGCUGCCUGGCUUUGGAAAGUGGAUGAGUAUUGCUAAGAAGCAGAGGAUGAGAUCUUAAGGAAAUUGGAAACUGGAUGUUAUGCUGGGAUUUCCACAGGAAAAGUGGGACAUCAUGCUUCAGCCUGCUGGAGGACAGAAGUGCGGGUAUUUAUGGGUGAGCAAACAGCCAUUUCCAGUCUCUAUGGGAAUAGAGUGGCUAUUCUGCAUACCAUGCUUUCAGGAACCAAAAAAUCACAGCAAGUCCACAGCAAAGAGCAGCAGCCACUGGGGUGAAAUUCCCUGUCCCUGCUUGGCAUAGCUGUGUUCCUGAGCCCCUGCCCAGUGGGCUGCCACCAGAGGUUUGCUGAUGCUGCAGGUCACAGUCACAGUGACCUGUAGCAAUGCCAAGGGCUUGUGAUUGCACAAGGCUGUGCAGCUGCAUUUCCUCCAGAGACAUUCUUGGCAUCACAGGGCCAGGAGCAAGCAGGUUACAGGUGUGGUGGCAAUGUGUGUUACCAUCAUGCUGUCACGAGAAACC